CGCGUAAGUUUAUGAUUGGUGACUCGCGACGGUUACUUCAUAUGUUUCCCUCUUGAAGAAAGUGUUCAUACUGUUUCGCAGCCGAUUGUAGCUGACGCGACCUUUUCUGUUUGUCUGAUAUCUCGCUUUUGGAUACUGUGAAUAUCACAGCUACUAAUAAUUUCAAAUAGUCGUUCGUCGAUCUUACAAAGUGCACAUAAAAUCUUUCAGAGGUACUAAUAAUAAGUCGAAUCACGAAGAAAAAUAAAGUUGAGCGGUGUAGUUAUACAAACAGAUUAUUGCGCCGAGCAAGUUGUAAAAGUCAAAACCUCCAUUAGGAGAGAAUCGAUAGAGAGAAAACGGAACAACUUUGAAGAGCGAUCCGUGCGGCAAACGUUAAAAAAAGGGAGUAGCAUUAAAAAGUGGAUAUGACCUACGAAUGUAUUUCCUGCGGACAAAGGUUCGGUCAGGUGAAUUUCACAAAGCACCUCAUUGAGGACGAAGAAUGUUGGAUAAAAAUAUGGGACCAUGGCAACAAUGAAACCAACGAUGAGAAAAAACUGGAAAGCGAUAUACAUGUUCAUUCACAAAAACAAGAAGAAAGUAAUAUUAUAGGCCCGGAACCAUUUUUAAGCAGUAACACGUAUGACAUACAUCCCAGCACAAGCAGCGGCAUUCAAGAGAGCAAAAAUAUACUUUACGAAUAUGAUGAUUACAACCAAAAGUUUUGUAGAAAGAAUGAGUUGACGAAUCACUUAACGCAGAAACACAAAGGUGUAAUGCACCAAUGCGAUCAUUGCAACUACGAAUUCAAGGAUGAGAAACAUCUGAUGAGCCACAUACGAUAUGUUCAUCCUAACAUCCAGGAGGAAAUUUACAGUGCGCAGCCGGGACCUUCUUGGGAGGAUGGUCAGUACGGCAAACAUUCUAACAGAAAUAGUUGCAUUGAAAACAACAGGCCUUACGAAUCGUGUAAAGUUUGCCAGCAGAGGUUUCAUAGAAAGUUAGAAUUGAUAAAUCAUUACAAAAAUGUCCACCAACGUUUGAUGCAUCAAUGUGAACAUUGCGCCUACGAAACCAACAAUGAGGAGGAUCUGAAAAGCCACAUGCAAUUUUAUCAUUCUAACGUCCAGAAGGAAAGUAAUCGUGGGGAGCAGGGACCAUCUUGGGAAAGUGAUCCCUGUGGCAAACAUUCCAGCACAAACAGCUGCAUAGAAAACAAUAUGCCCUACGAAUGUGAUGUUUGUGACCAAAGGUUUCAUAAAAGAUAUGAAUUAAUAUAUCACUACAAGAAUGCCCACCGACGUUUAAUGUACCAAUGUGAACAUUGCAUAUACGGAACUAACGAUGAAGAAGAUAUGAAGAGCCACAUACGUGAUCAUUCUAACAACCAAGAAGAAAGCAUUAUUAUAGACCAGGAACCGUCUUUGAAGAGUGACUCGGGCGUCAAACAUUCCAGGAAACACAGCUGCAUUGAAAACAUACCUCACGAAUAUGAUGUUUGCAACCAAAAGUUCCGCAAAAUUAAUGAGGAGCAUCUGGAGAGCCAGGUACAAUGUGUUCAUCCAAACAUCCAGGAAGAAGAUAAUAGUGCGGAGCCGGGACCGUCUUGGCAGAGUGAUACGUAUGGCAAACAUUCCAGCAGAAACAGCUGCAGUGAAAACAAUAUGCCUUACGAAUGUACUGUUUGCAACCAGAGGUUUGAUAGAACGUUAAAAUUGGCAUAUCACUACAAGAAUGUCCACCAACGUUUAAUCCCCCAUUGUGAACAUCGCGCCUACGAAACCAAUGAUAAAAAUCUGAAGGACCACGUACGACGCGUUUAUCCUAAUGUCCAGAAAGAAAGUAAUAGUUCAGAGCCGGGACCGUCUCGCGAGAGUGAGCCCUGCGCCAAAUAUACCAGCAUAAAUAGUAACAAAAGAAAGUACAAAUUAGAUUGGAAAUGUCAAGUUUGUAAUCAAGAACUCUCUGGCAACCAAAUGUUGCUACAUCACCUAGCAGAGGUCCAUGGAAUUCAGGCAAAAUUCAAUUGUAGCCAAUGCAACUACAAAACCAACUUACACUAUCUUUAUUAUCGUCAUUGGAAAGCAAUGCAUGAAGACAAUUACGACUACCCGUGUACUGAACCAGGCUGUGAACGGGCGUACAAAACACGAAUAGGUCUGUGGAGACACAUGCAUGUUAGGCAUUCUAACGAACAAGAGAAAAGCAAUAUUGUGGACCUGAAACUGUCUUCAGAGAGUCAUCCGUGCGGCAAACAUUCCACCAGAAAGAGAAGUGUUGAAAAGUAUGGAAGAAAACCUGCACUAUGCCCAGUCUGCAACCGAAGGUUUCGUUUUCAGAAAGAGCUGAUAGAUCACUUAAUAAAAGACCACGGCCGUCGAACGAUAUACAACUGCAGCCAUUGCAGCUAUGAAACUAAUCACAGGCACAGCUAUGAAAGGCAUAAUAAACGAAAGCACGAAGACAAUUACGACUACGUGUGUGCUGUGCCCAACUGCAACUGGAAGGGCAAAUUUCAGUAUGAUCUAAGACUACACAUGCAAAGUGUUCAUCAUAAUAAUCAAAAGAAAAGCGGAAGUACGAACGCGGAGACGUCCUUGGAGAAUGACUCAUGAAUCAAACAAUCCAGAAUAAGAAAUAAACAGCAAUAAAGAGCCCAAAAAUGUGAUUCAGGUUUUGAUAGAAAGAAAGAGUUGAAACAUCAUCUCUGAGAGGGCCAUAGAAGAACUGACUGCAGCGACUGCAAUUACACAUCUAACAAAAAACAGGACUUGCAAUAUCACAUUGGACGAAAGCACGUGUACAAUUACCACUACGUAUUUAUUAAUAAAAGCUGUUACAAGAAGUUCAAACUUGAAUAGGAUCAGAAGAAAAACGUAAAAUAUAAUCACUCGCAUGACUCUUAAUAAUGACGAAAAUAUAAUCAUGCUAACUCUAGUUUUUUAUAAAAGAUACACGGAUGUGCAGAAAAAUUCGAAAAUAGCCUGUAUCAUCUGUGGCAAUAUCAUAAACAGGUAAAGUUUAUUUAAUCGUUUACUGAUAUAUGUUGACAGGACAAUUACUUGUUCUGUUUGCAAUAAGAUAUUUAGUACGAAGGGCAGUAUGCGGAAUUCAUUCGUUGUAUCACGGGCCAACGAUUCUACUUCUGCAAGCUUUACGUCAUGGCAUUUGUCCAUUCGCAGUUUUUAUGCAGUUAUAUAGAAAGAGGAAGGAAAAAUGUUCGGAGUAACUUCCGAUCGAAUAAUGUUAGUAGAUAUUGAAGCAUUAUUGCAAAACUUCUAGAUGGACAAGCUAUAAACAGGCUGUCGAAUUAAGCGUAGAAAAAGUAUAAAAACCGUGAUGAAACAGUCUAUGCUUCAGCUUCCACACACUCGCUCAUACUUACAUCUUGAAACGUACAUAUGUGCUGAUGCGUGCACACGCAUAUAAGAUAUCCGCGUUUAGAAAAUAUUCGAGAGGGAAUUUCUUUGUAGAAUUAUAUAUUUGCCCUUUUUGAAUUGUGGUUUUGUUCCUGGACAUAUAUUCGCAAUAGUUCUACAUUUUCUAUUCUUCCUUAUACACGUGCGCAAAAUGU